GGCGUUAUAGCGGAUCGUUGUGACAGCGCUUUUUCAAGAAGACGAGAAGAGGCAAGAAGUGAAGGAAAGCCGGUCGCUGCACAUCUCCGCUCCCAGACCCUCCCCCUCACCCCGCCCCCUCCAGCUCGCAGCCCCUACUCCUCAGCCUGCUGUCAGAGCGAGCACGCGUGAGGGAUUAUUGGAGUGCCGCUCCGCUCUUCUCGUUUUGCCAGCGCUGUCUUUUUUCAGGACUGAUUUUGCACAUCAUCAUCCCUUUGCCUUUCUGUCUUUCUUUCACUUGCCGGACUCCCAUUGGGAGCGACCCUCUGCCCGCCUGCUCCCCUGAGACCAUGGGGCUCCCCUUGUGCCUCCGCUUGGCUGUCAUCGCCGCUUUCCUGCCAGUAACCCUCCAAGGUCCACACCAGCGCACAUUGCUCAAAGAGCUACUCAAGGACUACAACAGGAUGGAGAGGCCCGUGGCCAAUGACUCACAACCCCUCACAGUACACUUCUCUCUGAGCUUAAUGCAGAUCAUGGAUGUGGAUGAAAAAAACCAAGUGCUGACAAGUAAUAUCUGGCUUCAAAUGUACUGGUAUGACCAUUACCUACGAUGGAAUCAGUCUGACUAUCCAGGGGUGAAGAAUUUGCGUUUUACCACAGACCAAGUGUGGACUCCUGAUAUCCUGCUCUAUAACAGUGCUGAUGACCGUUUUGAUGCCUCUUUUAAAACAAAUGUACUAGUGAAUUCCAGCGGAUAUUGCCAAUACCUUCCUCCUGGAAUCUUUAUGAGUACCUGCAAUGUGGAUGUCCGCUGGUUCCCUUUUGAUAUCCAGAAAUGUGAGUUAAAGUUUGGCUCGUGGACCUACGAUGGUUGGCUGCUGGACCUGCAGAUGAAUGAUGCAGAUAUUUCAGGAUACUUACCCAAUGGAGAAUGGGAUCUAAUAGGAGUGCCUGGUAGCCGCAAUGAAAUCUUCUAUGACUGUUGCAAGGAGCCCUAUCCAGACAUAACCUUCUAUGUUACAAUUCGUCGACGCACUCUGUAUUAUGCACUGAACCUGCUGAUACCCUGCGUUCUCCUGUCUUCCAUGACACUUCUGGUAUUCUUACUACCAGCUGACUCUGGAGAGAAGAUAUCACUGGGCAUCACGGUGCUUCUGUCUCUCACUGUCUUUAUGCUACUUGUAGCUGAAAUAAUGCCAGCAACCUCUGACUCCAUCCCUCUUAUAGGUCAGUACUUUGCCAGUACGAUGAUCAUAGUGGGCCUCUCCGUUGUAGCAACAGUAGUCGUCCUGCAGUAUCAUCAUCAUGAUCCAACUGGGGGCAAGAUGCCCAAGUGGGUCCAGCUCUUCUUGUUCCAUUGGGUUGCCUGGUUUCUCCGAAUGAAACGUCCUGGAGAGACUGGAGACCCUGAACGCCCCCCCUGCAGCUCAAACCUCAGAAGAUGUUCUUCCACCUCUGGCAGUUUGCAUUCUCCUCCAGAACAAAAUCACCAUGUUCACGUGACAUCAUCUCACCUGCAGACCCCGUCAACCUUGACCAUGGGUGGUAUCCAUACAUCCUCCCUCAAUAACAAUGGCAACCUCCUCUACAUAGGCUUUCAAAACCUGGAUGAUCCCUCUCAGCUCCAUGAUUCCCACCAGCUCCCCGGACAGCACUCACGUACCCCAUCAGUGCAUCAACACCAGCCACCUCUGAUCACUCGCAAGGGCAGCCCACCACCUCACCACAUUCAGGGCGGGGAGAUGACGAGCUUUGGGAGCCCUCCAUCCCACAAUGCCUUGGGCUCAUUGGGAGGCACCAAUGGCUUGCCUGGUUUGAGUGUUUUAGCCAGUGUGGAGGGUGGCACCUGUAGCAGCGGACUUGGCGUCGGGACAGCAGGGAUUGGCAGCAUUGGGGAUCCCCAGUUAAACUCCAUCUUAGAGGAAGUACGUUUUAUUGCUGAUCGAUUCAGAGAACAAGAUGCAGGGGAGACAAUCACUGAACAGUGGAAGUUUGCAGCAGCUGUGAUCGACCGACUCUGUUUGGUAGCUUUUAGUAUCUUCAACAUCAUCUGCACAAUCUCCAUCCUCAUGUCAGCGCCCAACUUCGUAGAGGCCGUUUCCAAGGACUUCAUCUAAGUGGAUUGCUUCAAAUUGGCCUUAACCUUAAAGCCUUUUCUUACAGAUAUGCUACUUUAUUCAGAGAACG